AUGAUUCUCACCACACACAGAAGGGCAAGCCUAGUCGGUCGAUACCCAUCCAAGCUUUGUCUCAUUCUCACCCGCCGUGUCGGCAGCCGACGGGAUUUGUUCCAAAUCGUCAUCGUUGGAGCUUCCCUGAUCGAUAACAUGCCAGGCCCGCCCAAUUUCUUUCUUACGUUUCCUUCCCCUCCUCUCUUCAUCUUCUUCACCUUCACAAAAAUUCCCAGAAAUGAAGGAAAUAAAAAUGAGCAUCAAUCUGAACAUCACCCAACUGCUGCACCACUCUCCUUCCUCCUCCUUUUUCUCAACCUCAACUAUUGCUUUCUUGAGCGACCGCAUGAGAUGAGAGGCAGAUUGGAUGAGGCUUCUCAGAAUCUUCAUUGCAUGUAUCUGGAUGUAAUGCCAUUGGACCAAUCGAAGCACGAAAUUGGAGAACAGGGGUGGGAACUCCGCGUCCAGAACCUGGGUUUUCAGUUCAGAAUAUCAUCAUCGCUGUUCACAAAGGGAGAUCUAAAAAUCAACUAUCUGAGUAGGAGUUAUCGCCGUUCGAUCUCUCCAGCUCGAUUUGAGCUUUGUAAAAAGAGGAAGUUGUGA